AUGGAGGCCCCACUGGUGAGUUUGGAUGAAGAAUUUGAGGACCUUCGGCCCUGCUGCUCUGAAGACCCCGAGGAGAAGCCCCGGUGUUUCUACGGCUCAUCUCCCCACCAUCUCGAGGACCCCUCUCUGUCUGAGCUGGAGAAUUUUUCUUCUGAAAUCAUCAGCUUCAAGUCCAUGGAGGACCUGGUGAAUGAAUUUGAUGAGAAGCUCAAUGUCUGCUUUCGGAACUACAACGCCAAGACCGAGAACCUAGCUCCGGUGAAGAACCAGUUCCAGAUUCAGGAGGAGGAGGAGACGCUGCAGGAUGAGGAGGUUUGGGAUGCUCUGACAGACAAUUACAUCCCUUCACUCUCAGAAGACUGGAGGGACCCAAACAUGGAGGCUCUAAAUGGCAACAACCCUGACACUGAGAUCCAUGAGAAAGAAGAGGAAGAGUUCAAUGAGAAGAGUGAACAUGAUUCUGGAAUCAAUGAGGAGCCUCUACUCACAGCAGACCAGGUGAUUGAAGAGAUUGAGGAAAUGAUGCAGAAUUCCCCCGACCCUGAAGAGGAAGAGGAGGUCCUGGAAGAGGAGGAUGGGGGAGAAACCUCCUCCCAGGCGGACUCGGUCCUCCUGCAGGAGAUGCAGGCCUUGACUCAGACCUUCAACAACAACUGGUCCUACGAAGGCCUGAGGCACAUGUCUGGGUCUGAGCUGAUGGAGCUUCUGGACCAAGUAGAGGGUGCCAUCCGAGACUUCUCAGAGGAGCUGGUGCAGCAGCUGGCCCGCCGGGACGAGCUGGAGUUUGAGAAGGAAGUGAAAAAUUCCUUCAUCACGGUGCUCAUUGAGGUGCAGAACAAGCAGAAGGAGCAGCGGGAACUGAUGAAGAAGAGGCGGAAAGAGAAAGGGCUGAGCCUGCAGAACAGCCGGAUGGACAAGGGAAGCCAGAUGCCUCUCAAGCGCUUCAGCAUGGAAGGCAUCUCCAACAUCCUGCAGAGUGGCAUCCGCCAGACUUUCGGCCCCUCGGGAAGUGACAAGCAGUACCUGAACACAGUCAUCCCUUAUGAGAAGAAGGCCUCGCCCCCAUCAGUGGAAGACCUCCAGAUGCUGACUAACAUUCUCUUUGCCAUGAAGGAGGAUAAUGAGAAGGUUCCCACUUUGCUGACAGACUACAUCUUAAAAGUGCUCUGUCCCACCUAA